GACCGGUAGCCGGAGAGCGUUAGUCAGUGUGCCGGAUUUGGCGGGUAAGCGAGUGCGCGCUAAAAAAAAAAAAAAACGUCUGCAUAAAAAAUUAGAUAAUAUCCGCGGUUUUUUUUUAAUGUUUUUUAACCGCACGAGCUAGUGUUUUUUUUUUAUUCGAAUGGGUGUUUCGGUUUAUCGCGAAGUGACCAUGACCGCCACGACCACCCCGGCUGUGACCGCCGCCAAAACGUCUAACGUGCUCAUGUGCCGGCAAUGGUGGAAAGUGUGUUGGAUGUACGGCGACCAGGAAAAAUACUACAGACAGCUGUACGGCGCGGCCAAAAAGUCGUCCUCUCAGCAGGGCAAAGGCGACCAUCACCGUACGGGGGCGACGGUCAUGGAACUCCAGCAAAUGUCCACCGUGUCCUUUGCCGCCGCCGAUAGGCAAGUGUGUCGCAAUUGCAGUUGUCCUCGAGACGACCACGACCGACAGGCACCGUCUUCGCAGCAGCAGCAGCAGCGACCUCAACCGCAGCUGACACAGUCGGAGACGACCGCAACCAUGUCGGCGUCUCCGGGGGGCAUCAACAGGGGUACUCCUCCUCCCCCGUUGCCCCCUUUGCCCACGGGUCCCCCGGGAUACGACCAGGCGCUAGGGGGAUACGACAAGCUCUUAGGCGGCGGUGGUGGGAUUGGCACCUCGGUCGGCCGCAAAGACCCCGGUCACCACGGUCAACAUCACGGGGUAGGGUCGUCCACGAGCGACCCUCAUCAAAGGCAUUCGCACUCGGACGACGAUUCCGGAUGUGCCCUCGAGGAAUACACUUGGGUACCAGCCGGCCUCAGGCCCGACCAGGUACACCUUUACUUUGCGGGCGUGCCAGAAGACAAGGUACCGUACCUGAACUCGGUGGGUGAACGAUACAGGGUGAGGCAGCUUCUGCAACAGUUGCCGCCACACGACAACGAGGUGCGGUACUGUCGCGGUUUGUCGGACGAAGAGCGCAAAGAGCUCAAGUUGUUCAGCGCACAGCGGAAACGCGACGCCUUGGGUCGGGGCACGGCCAAGCAGCUGGUAGCGUCCGUACCGUGUCAAAAUUGCCAGGAAGUUGUGCAACCCGGAGACAUGGCCGUGACGGCUAGCCGAGUGGGAUCCGGAGCGGCUUGGCAUCCGGCUUGCUUCGUGUGCCGCGUUUGCAAGGAGAUGCUGGUCGACCUGAUAUACUUUUGCAAAGACAACGCCAUCUACUGCGGCAGACACCACGCGGAGACGCUAAAGCCCAGGUGUUCGGCUUGCGACGAGAUCAUCCUGGCCGACGAAUGCACGGAAGCCGAAGGCCGUGCGUGGCACAUGAAGCACUUUGCUUGUUUGGAGUGUGACAAACAGCUGGGAGGUCAGAGGUACAUCAUGCGAGACGGUCGCCCGUAUUGUCUGCAGUGCUUCGACGGGCUGUUCGCCGAGUACUGCGAUUCCUGCGGAGAUCCCAUCAGCGUGGAUCACGGACAAAUGAGUCACGAAGGCCAACACUGGCACGCGACCGAACAGUGUUUCUGCUGUCACACGUGCAGAUCGUCGCUGUUGGGACGGCCGUUUUUGCCGCGCAGAGGAGCCAUUUACUGUUCGAUCGCCUGCAGUAAAGGCGAACCGCCGACGGCCACAACGCCUUCGGACGUUGGCAGUGCGUCCCAACAACCGGAAUCGGAAGCGGCCGCCGCAGCCGAAGUGGCUGCGGCGGCUGCGGCUGCGGCUGCGGCUGCUCCCACACAACACCAACAGCAACCGGCGGCCGCCGAGCCCGACUCGCCGUCCGGCGUCAGAAGGACAAGCGACGCUUCACCAUCGCCUUCGCAUUCGUCGGUGACCUCUAUGCUGGGACCGAGUCGAUCGCCAAAAUGUGCACGUGGGACGGUGCAGACGACGUCACCUUUGCGCGCAAAGCCACCAUCUCCGUCGCCAGUCCAUAAGCAGCGCCGACAAAGGACGCCGGAACGGUCGACGGCCGCCACUUAUCAGAACGUCGCCGGAGGCGCGGUCCGCCCGAUCGAUCUGGACGUGCAGCAACGGCUCCCGCCGCACCGGAACCGCAGGCGGUGUAACGACAUCGUGCAGGUCGAAUCCAGAAGCGUGGUGACGGUGGUCAACGAUCGGCGGCAACGGAAAUUCUCGGCCAACGACGACGACGUCCACCAAGACGGUUUCGACGACGAACCCGACGGCGGUAACCGCCUGGACGACACCCUAUACGGCCUGCAGCGGCUACUCAGUAACGGCAAACUACCUCAGCGGUUCAUCGAGAAACUGAUCAGCGACGACGACAUCACGGACAGGCUGCUCACCGAAUUUGAAAAACUGACUGCCGGCGAAAACUGUUCAUCUUCGCCGUCGUGGCAGUCGAAAACCACCGCCUCGCUCGAACCGCCUCCGCCGAUGGCUGCCAUUGAACAAUCGCACACUGACCUCACGGUUUCGCCCGGCAGACGGAGCGUCCGAUUCGAUGCGGCGGCCGCCGCGGCGUCCGAAAACAGUGGGCCGUCCCGUCGACGCGGCCGCGACGGCCGCAGCAGACGACGGCGUCCACCUCCGCCACCGCCGUCUCACCCUGACGACCGGAUGCGUCCGUCGUGCAGCAGCAACCCGUUGUCCGCCGACGACGACGAUUCGCACAGCUGCUGUUCCACUUGCUCUUCCAGUUCCGGUAGCGAACUGGACGACCUGUCCGUUUACCGGUUGCCACCUAAAAAACCGUACGGUCUAGGCAAUGGCGGAGCAGCGAAAAUAUCGUACGUGGUGCCCAACGACGCCAUUGCUUACGCCAAACAGCAAGCCGGUGCCACCGGACAGAAGUCUUCAUCUCACGGUGUCGGCGCCAGAAGACCGAACGGCACCAGCGCCGCCAAUAAUAACAAUAGCCAACCAUUGGACGAUAAAAACUGUAGCAUUCAGUGAAACUAAUUGUCGGUCUACUUAAGUAUCGAUACAAAACACAUUGUAUACAAAUUAUGUUUUAAUAUGAAUUUAAUUUUUAAGCAUUAUUAUUGUUUGUAAUUAUUAUUAUAUUAUAUAGUGUAAACAUAUGGUCUUCCGUGGUAGAAUCGUAAUAUGUCAUAUAAUAUUAUGUGCUACUCGUGUGUGUUGUACUUGCCAGUUUUCAUGUUUUCUUUUGAAUUAUAU